AUGUCUUUGCCUAACAGUAGUUCUCCCCUUGGUCCUUUAGGGGGACCACCCAUGGAUCCUCCGCCUGGCAAACUUGCAUCAGCACUUCACAAACUAGGCUCCGUCAUUUUCACGACACGCGGCUCGUCAUCGGCUCAAGGUCCCCUCUUGCCAGAACAUCGAGAACACAUUGGCAAACAUCAUGCCACACCAAUGUACUUGCCUUACGUCCCAUUCUGUCCUCGUGCCAUGAAUGCAAUACUUAUGACCCACCCUUCCAUGCCUAUCGAUACACCUUGUGCGGUGAAUGCAUUACCCACAACUCACCCCUCUGUGCAUAUCAACACAGAGCCUCAAUCCAUGCAUCCAGUGUCACAGUCUUGCACUCCACGGUCUCACUCUCCAUCCCUUACUUCUGUUGUGGCUGUGAGUCAGGCACCAGUUAGUCGGCCAGAUACUCCUUAUGGUGGAUCGAGUGUAGAUUGUAGGAGUCGUCGAGUGUUGAAUCGGGCAGAUGAAGCGCCAUACCGCAGAGCCAGCAGUUGUUCAAGAAGUCCCGAUAUGUCAGGUCGUGCCAGUACUCUAUAUGCUGGCGCUGGGUGUCAGCGGUUGUUGUCCAUGCCUCCAUCUAGUGGUGGGGAACAUGAUGUUUUGAUGGACUAUGACCUUCCUCUCCAAAUGGAAAUUGACCAUGACAUGCUUUCAAUCCAGCCUUGA